GCAUAAGUUCGAAAUUCUCAUUUCUCUAAUUUUCUUCUUUUCUCUCUCUGCGUUUACACAAAUUGAUUCGAAGAAUCAUUUGAAACGAGGACAGUAUAUCACAGAAUAAAUGAAGUAUUCUCUUCUCUGUCCUUCAACGCCACCUUCUCUAUCCAAAUACCCGCAUACCAGUUUUCCCGCGCAAUUUUCUCAGUAUUUGCCGCCGUACCGCAGAAUUUCUCGCCGAGCUUUUGCAGCAAUGGCGGCGUGUUCCUCCCAAGCACCGUCGCACACGGUUCGUACGGUUACGGUAUCCUAUACCGAGCUCAAGGAUAAGAAUGCUGACUUAUCGGCGAAAAUUGAAGAGGGCUUUGGGCCGAACAGCCUUGGAAUUCUGUCAAUUUCAGAUGUUCCUGAGUAUACUUUGUUGCGUCGAAACCUACUUCAUCUUUCACCUAGAUUAGCCAACCUGCCAGAAAGUGUGAAACAGGAGCUGGAAGAUCCCCAUAGUAGGUAUAACUUUGGAUGGAGCCAUGGAAAAGAGAAGCUUGAAUCUGGAAAGCCAGAUACACUGAAAGGAUCCUUCUAUGCAAAUCCAGUAUUUGAUGUGCCUACAACUGAGAAAUCCCUUAUUGAACGAUAUUCAUCAUAUUGCGGACGAAAUAUAUGGCCCCAUAGCGCUCUGCCAGAACUUGAGAUGGCUUUUAAAGCCCUUGGAAAGAUGAUUCUGGAUGUUGGGUUGCUGUUGGCUCAUCACUGUGACCGAUAUGUAUCCAGCAGGAUCAAAACAAAUGAAACUGAUGGCCUUGAACAGAUACUUCAUCGUUCUAGAUGUCAUAAAGGCCGAUUGCUUUACUAUUUCCCUGCCCAGCAAAGUAGCAGCUACCAAGCUGAUGAAUCCAUGUCAUCUUGGUGUGGUUGGCAUACUGAUCAUGGUUCACUGACAGGUCUUACAUGUGGCAUAUUUAUGAGAGAUGGUGUAGAAAUAUCUUGCCCUGAUAUUGCUGCUGGCCUUUAUAUAAAAACGCGUACUGGUCAAAUAGUCAAAGUGGAAUAUGGUGAAGAUGAAAUAGCAUACCAAAUUGGUGAGACAACUGAGAUACUGUCAAGAGGUCAGCUCUGUGCAACACCACAUUGUGUCCGGGCACCAAAAGGGGAGGAAGCAUCUGGUGUUGAUCGUUCAACAUUUGCCUUGUUCAUGCAGCCUGACUGGGACGAAAAGCUAAACUUCCCAGAUGUGGUACACAUUCACAAGGAGUUGAUCGCCUCCUCCGAUGGCUCUCUAACUUUUGGAGAGUACACUGAGAAGCUGCUAGACAAGUAUUAUCACCUAAAACAAUAAAAAGCUCAAACAGCUCCGAUGGAGACACAGAAUACAAGUAUACAACCUGGAGGUUUGGUUUCCAAUUACAAAGGAUGUGAAACAUGUUUUCUUUUUAUAGUAUUGUAUUGCCCUAAAAAAUCAGAGAAGUGAACUCAACAAACAGCAUCAAUGGACAAAUAUCUUGGAUAAAGCAUAGAAAACUGUGAUUA